CCGUAAAGAGGGGCGACGACGUAGUCCGCCGCCGCCGCCGCGCGGAAAGAGGCCGGCAAUCGAGAUACAAGACGGCGCCGAUGAAAAUUCUCUCACGCUGGAUUCCUCGUCUCUCUCCCUCACUGCACCGCUUCGCCUCUACAGCUCGACCUCGCCACAAUGCACCAGCGCUUGCACAACGACUUCCCCCAGGCUUCCCUGCAGCCAGUUCACCUACCCGUCGUGCUCCCCAAUUUCCUCGUCGAUAUCAGCACAUGGCCAGCAGCAGUAAACCCCUUUCUGCCAAGGAUUUUAUUAGUUCCCUGGGCAAGCACUCUACCAUUACCCAAGGCUUGGAAAACGUGGAGGAUGUCGACACAACCAAGGUCAUUACUUGUCAUACCUAUGUCCCUCCUGCCAAAAGUGUUGAAGAUGAGACGAAACCAAGCGGGGAUGCCAUUUUUGGUGGGCUGAGCAGUGUUGACGAAGAGAGCUCCGCUGCAGCAGAGACACCUGAUUAUGUGCCCUCAAUGGAGAUAUUUCCAAAUAGCAGCCAUCGCGACGGUUCCAUAUAUAGCGGCACAGAUGAUUGGAAAAUUGACUAUCGUAUUGCUGACCGUAAUGAGACUUGGCUGGAUGCAAUGAUGUUUUCCGAUCCCACAGAUUGCAGAAUGUACAAUGGAACUUGUGUGUCACACUCAAGUCGUCACAUGUUGCAGUUUUUGUCAUUAAGGUUGGCUAAAAUUCCUGUGGAGCUUGGCUCAGUCGAGUUAUAUGGAUACAUUGCAGCUCGGGAUAAUCUGAAUCCAUUGCUUAAUUAUAUCGUCAAUUUUAGCAGGGAUGAUCCCAUCAUCGUGAAGCAGGUGUGCACAUCUAUAUAUGUCUGCAAUUAUUUCAAUGAACUAGAUGAUACCCCGCGCGUUGCGGCGGGCAUAAUGUAGAAACGACAUGAUGCAAAAUCUGCAUCAAUAAUUGGGUGAGGAAACAAUUGACCUAAACUGUAGAGAGGAUUUUGGU